AUCACAUCGUUGGGGAUACGCAUUCAGUUUUUGUGUAAGGAUUAAUUAGUUAAAAGUGUCAAAGUUUAUGCGAAAGUCGACGGUGAGUGACCGGUUUUGAUUGUCUUCUUUUCGUUGUUCUGGUUUGUUUUGUACUUAGUAACCUUAAAAAGUUGUACACCGGAAGUUGCAAAGGUUGCCUGGCUGGUUGCAUAACUGAACGGAGAAAGACGGAAUAGAACUUAGAAGACCCUGUGAAAUCUGCAAUGGCCUCAUCCUCCAAAAACAACAACAAUCCAAGAUACGAUUUUGAAUUGUCCGACUUGUCAUCAAACAGCAUCUCCAGUGGUCCAUGGAGCUCAAACCAUGUGAGAGAUAAUCAAUGGAGUGAUAAGAUUUCAUCUCGUACUCAUUCCAACUUCAAUGAAUCGUCAACUCAUGGUUUGAGGACUGGUGGAACUUCAGAACCAUUCACUGCUUCAUCUUCCAAUAGGUUGUCUACUCCCCGUACAGCGAGCAGCAGAUAUGGUCAGACACCAGGAUCAAGGAGUUCAAGACAAACACCUCAUAGAGGAUAUAGUUCCAACACACCAGGUAGUGUCUCUCAUCAGUCAUCAGUCUUAGUAGCAAUUGUUGAAGGCAGAGGCUUAGCACAAGGGGAGAUUGGUCUGGCAAGCAUUGAUCUGAAGCAGCCAGAACUCAUUCUGUCACAGUUUUCAGACAGUCAGAGUUAUGUAAAGAUGACCACAAAGCUACAGAUACAUCAGCCAGUUGAGAUCGUAAUGCCAAUCACUGCAUGUGAAGGAGGAAGCAUGACCAAGUUAUUCAAACUCAUCAGUGAUAACUUCCAUAACACCAGCAUUGCAACGGUCCAAAGGAAAUACUUCAAUGAAACCAAAGGCCUGCAGUAUAUAAAACACUUGUGUGUUUCUGACUUCAGCUCAGUGGAGAUGGAAAUAACUUCAAAGUACUACUGUCUGGCUGCAGCUGCAGCGUUGCUUAAGUAUGUUGAGUUCAUUCAGAAUAUUGUGUAUGCUCCAAAUUCUCUGAAGGUGGUAUUCAGAGGCAGUGAACAAUCUACAAUGAUUGAUUCCACGACUGCUAGAAAUCUUGAGUUGGUGCAAAACAUGAAGGACCCUAAGAGUGGGCAUACGUUGUAUGGAGUGUUGAACUACACCAAAACACUGGCUGGAGCACGUUUACUGAGAGCUAACAUCCUGCAACCUCCUUGCGCUUUGGAUACCAUUUCACUGCGACUUGAUGUUGUUACUGAGCUGACUGAACAAGAAGAGCUGUUCUACAAUCUACAGUCAGUUCUUGCUCGUUUCUUGGAUGUGGAUCAUCUGCUGUCACUUUGUGUCCAGAUCCCUAAACAGGAGACGGUCAAGACAGCAGAGUCUAAGAUCACCAACGUCAUUCAUCUCAAGCAUACCCUAGAGCUAGUACCUCCACUCAUGAUGGCUCUACAGGGCUCCAAAAACAAACUCCUGCAAGCUUACUGCAAGUCUCUGAGCGAUGAUAGAUUCAGUGCAAUGCUGGAUAGGCUUCACACAGUCAUCAAUGAUGGAACACGCUACCAGAAGGGCACCCUCAACAUGCGCACACAGAAAUGCUUUGCAGUCAAACCAAAUAUCAACGGCUUACUGGAUGUUGCCAGACGCACAUACACAGAGAUUGUUGAUGAUAUCGCAGACUUGAUAGUCCAACUGGGUGAGCAGUACGGUCUUCCAUUAAAGACAAGCUACAGUUGCAGCCGAGGGUUCUUCAUCCAGAUGUACUGUGGUGCUAAGAACCCUGUCCAACCAGAAUCCCUGCCACCGGUAUUCACUAAAGUCAUUAGGACCAGGAAUUCACUCAGCUUCACUUCAGCUGAUCUGAUCAAAUUGAACAAUCGUGUACGGGAAUCACUGAAUGAGAUCUACCUGAUGACAAAUAUUGUGGUGAGUGAGCUAUUGAAUGAGAUUCGUGAACAUGUCGGCUGCCUGUACAAGUUGGCUGAGUGUGUCUCAACUCUGGACAUGCUGGUGGCUUUUGCACACGCCUGCACCUUGGCAGAGUAUGUGAGACCAGAUUUCACAGACACACUGGCCAUCAAGAAUGGCAAGCACCCCAUACUGGAUCGAAUAUCAUAUGAGCAGCCAAUCGCAAAUAAUACUUAUGCUAGUGAAGACAGCAACUUCAUCAUCAUCACUGGUCCUAACAUGAGUGGCAAGUCAACUUACCUGAAGCAGUUGGCCAUCUUGCAAGUUAUGGCUCAGAUUGGUAGCUUUGUACCAGCCGAGUACGCUUCAUUCAGAGUCUGUGAUCAAAUCUUCUCUCGUAUUGGUUGUGAUGACGACAUUGAGACUAAUGCAUCUACAUUCAUGCUUGAGAUGAGAGAGAUGAAUUACAUCGUACAGAAUUGUACCAACAAGUCCUUGGUGAUUAUUGAUGAACUAGGAAGAGGAACAAGCAGUGAGGAAGGCAUUGGUAUAUGUCACUCAAUCUGUGAAUAUCUACAGAGUCUGAAAGCAUUCACCAUCUUUGCCACUCACUUCAUGGAAAUCACUCCACUGGAUGUACUCUACCCAAACGUGGAAAAUUAUCAUUUUGAGGUGGAGAAUGUUGGCUCAACUCCGGGCACCAAGAGGAAGCUAGCGUACUCUCAUGUUCUAUCCAAAGGACGAACUAAAGAACAACAUUACGGGAUCAAGCUAGCAGAGCUGUGUACCCUUCCUGAAUCCAUGUUAGCUGAGGCUAAACGACUGUCGGAAAAGUUGUCAGCGCAGAGAAAGGAACUUCAUUUGAACACUCGGCAAGACAAGGAUCACAAGGCUGUUUACCGGCUAGCUAACCGCCUAAUACAAGCAGCUCGUAACUCCAGGCUGGAUGAACCAAGUCUACGUCUCUACCUCGGCAGCCUCAAGACGCAAUACCUCAAGGAGGUCCAAGAAGACCCUGAAGAAUGAGGCACAGCUUCAUCAUACAGGGUUCUUAAUUGGUAGGCGUUACAGAGAGCGUGUCUGAUCAAAACAGGAACAUGUCAUCAAAUGAAGAUGGACCCCUUCACAAGCCAAGACAGAAAUCUCCAGCAAAAAAGUUUGUAACAGCCUAACCUUCAAUCUUACCAAGUACAAUUUUGGGGACUGAAACACUGCUGGUUUGUUUACAAUGUUUGGUGUCUUGGGGUCUUGGUAACUCUACCAAUACAUCGUUCAAGUAACAACCACAGAUAAAGAAAUGAGAAGUACACUUGUCUACCUUAUUUUUAAUCUGUACAGUUCUGAAGGUAUUUUAUUACAUGUCUUAAUGCACAUAAUUGAAUCCAGACAGCCACAUCAUUACUAUGUGAUAUCCAUACAGACAGCCAAGAUAUGUUUUGUACAAAUAUGAUGCUCCUUUAAGGCGUGCACAUUAUAUAUAUCGUUUGGUGUUCAUUAUUUAUAUGCAACUUAACUUGGAUGCAUUACAUCCCAUAUAGCAUAGCAAAUGGGUGUUACCAGUGUUUAAGCAGUAAUACCAUGGGUGUGUUUUGGUGACCAUGACCACAAACAAGUUUCUGGCGUAAACGUCACUGAUUAAAGGAACACGUUGCCUUGGAUCGGACGAGUUGGUCUAUAAAAAGCGUUUGAAACAGUUUGUUAU